UUUUUCUCUACGUGAUUGCGUCACGUCCGGCGCAAGAGCAAAAUACCAUUUUCUGUCGCGUGUGCGGCCUCUCUUCCUCCACCGCCAUCAUGGGUCGCAUGCACGCUCCCGGAAAGGGCCUGUCCCAGUCAGCUCUGCCUUACAGGCGCAGUGUUCCCACUUGGCUGAAACUCACAUCUGAUGAUGUCAAAGAGCAGAUCUUCAAGCUGGCCAAAAAGGGCCUGACCCCCUCUCAGAUUGGUGUGAUUCUGAGGGAUUCCCAUGGUGUUGCCCAGGUACGUUUCGUCACUGGCAACAAGAUCCUGAGGAUUCUUAAGACCAAGGGUCUGGCCCCUGAUCUGCCCGAGGAUCUCUACCACCUUAUCAAGAAGGCUGUGGCCGUCAGGAAGCAUCUGGAGAGAAACAGAAAGGACAGGGAUGCCAAGUUCCGCCUGAUUCUCGUUGAAAGCAGGAUUCACAGGCUGGCCCGUUACUACAAGACCAAGAGAGUACUGGCCCCCAACUGGAAGUACGAGUCCUCUACAGCUUCUGCUCUGGUGGCAUAAACGCUUCACAUUUUGGAUUAAUAAAAAGAGUUAAAUUGGAA